AUGUUAAAUCUUGAUACACCACCUCUUACCCCAUUAGAGCUUACGGGAUAUUCUAGCUCAACAAGAAAUAGAUUACUGACACCAGAAUUGGGUGAAGAAAUACGGAAUUUAUUACCAGCUAGAUUACAAAUAGAAUCAAAAUGGAAACUACUAUACAGCUUAGAACAGCAUGGUGCGUCAUUGAAGACGUUAUAUAAUAAUACUAAAAAUGGGAGUACAAGUUCCAAUACAGGGUAUGAUAAAUCGGGGUAUUUAUUGGUUAUAAAGGAUGACCUUCAUGAUGUUUUUGGAGGUUAUGUUAAUGAAUAUUUCCAUCCCACUGAUUCAAAAAGAUAUUCUGGUAACGGUGAAUGUUUCCUAUGGAAGUCUAGAAAAGUUAAGGAUGAUGAAGGUACCCACAUUCAGUUUCAAGCAUUCCCAUACACCGGGGAGAAUGAUUAUUUGAUUUAUGGAACAAGUGAGUUUCUAUCAAUAGGAGGAGGUGAAGGACGCUAUGGGCUCUGGAUAGAUCAGAAUUUGUUAAAAGGGAACUCACACCAUACUAAAACUUUUGGAAAUGAGCAAUUGAGUAGGAAAGGUGAAAAGUUUGAGGUGUUGGGAGUUGAAGUAUGGAGAGUCUGA